GGCGGAGCGUCCCCGCCGCACCUCACCCGCGACGCCCGGACUCGCUGGGCGCGCCGCCGGCCGGGCACGAUGGUGGUGUGCGGCCUCGCCUGCUGGAGGUGCAGGUGGCUCCUGCCCCUGCUGCUGGGCCUGGCAAUCAUCAUGGGCAUCAUCGCCCUGGCGGGCCGGGGCUGGCUGGAGUCCGAGUCGGAGCCCUACGUGCAGCAAGCGUCGCUGUGGGAGAGUUGCACGCGGGGUGAGGAGGACCUCAACUGGAGCUGCGAGUCCCUCAUGGAUUACGGGUGGGGGAGAGCAGCAGCUGCCACAUAUCUCGUUGGCUUUGUGAUCCUGGUCAUCUGUUUCGCCCUUGCAGUCAUCGCGUUCUCGAUCGAGAUCCUGCGCUUCAACUUUGUGCGAGGAAUUGGAGGCCUGCUCUUUGUUGUUGCUGCAUUCCAGAUCAUUGGCUUGGUCAUUUACCCAGUGAAAUUCACAGAAGAAAUUCCACUGACAGGAGAUAACAUGUUCAGCUGGGCCUAUGGCUUUGGCUGGGCCAGCACUGUUGUUGUAAUAGGUUGUGCUUUCUUCUUCUGCUGCCUCCCCAACUGGGAAGAUGAAGUCCUGGGAAACAUCAAGCCUACCUAUUACUACUCCUCCCCAGAGAGAGCACCAUACUUAAAUUGAAAGAUUAAGUCCAAGUACAGACAACUGUCAAAACAGAGGAGCACCUCUGAUGUACAUUUGGUGUGAUUGUAGGAGACUGAAAAAACUCACCUACUUUUGCCAGCAUAUAUCUUACUGUGCCUGGCAACAAAUUAGGAAAAAUAUUGGCAUCUUAAGCCAAAUAGCUUUUACCCAAAGUAUUAUUUACAUAUUCUCAUGUCAAUUCAGUUUAGGUGGUUUACUUGCUCCUUCCCCUCCCAAUUAGUUGAGUCAUCCUUAUUUUAUUCAAAUAUUUUCUUAUGAAUAUAGAUGAUAGUGUUUCAAGUGGAGAAAGGAAAAGGAUAGAUUUUAAACAACCCAUUAGUGGGUACUGUGAGAUAGGUUGCUUUUAUUUCAUAUCUGACAAAAUUGCUUUAAAUGGAGCUAGGAGAAAACACAGCCUUCCAAGGAAUGUUUUUUCUUCUGUAAAAGCCAGUCCCAAGGAAGAAAUUUCUGUGAUACUAUCACAGUCACCUGCUGCAUAAAAAUCUGUUCUUAUUCCUGUUACUGGACUGUUGUUGACUAUUAACUAUUUGAAUUAAGAGGAAAAUAAAAUUAAAAUUUAUUUUCCACCAAUUGGUGCUAUUGGACAAGGCCUCUUCCAAAGCAUGGAGCUGGUGUGUAUGACAUAACAGCUAAUGUAAUAUUGGUGAGUUUGUGGCCACAGCAGAACUUGUGAUGGAAUCACAUGUAUAUGUUGUCAUGGAUUCAGACAUUAAACUACAUACAUUUUUACAUGGAAUAUGAGGGAUGCUGACUUAGAAUGUAUCUUUGGGCAGAAACAUGAACUAUUAUAUUUGUCUACCUUUGUAAAGUUUAAGUGUGCUUUUCAUGGAAAUCUUAGCAUUAGGUGUUUAAAAACCUCCCAAAUUUCUAACACUGGAGGUACCUCAGAGUUUAGUAAACUUGGGACUGCCUUGUGAGUGAGUAGGGGUAACAGGUAGAAAUAGAAAGAAAGUUCUGUGAGCAAUUUACAUAUGUAAACUUCAUACAGACAUCAGAGUAAUCUGUCUGGCUCCUCAUUUGUGUUUCUGCAUCCAAAUAAGUAUUCCAGAGAGGCAUAGCCAUGUCUGUGUUGGUCAUGGACCUGCAGCAUCUUACAGCAGAUUUAAUUAUGGUCUAUAAUCUUUGUCAGGGCUUUGUUCAGCUGGGAAAGAAGGAAGUUCAUUUUUUGAACUCUUCCAGCUACGGGAGAAGCAGCUUUAGCAAAGACAGACUGAGGAGGAUAUAGGUGGGGUAGAAAGCAAAUGCUGCAUGUUGCUCUGUGUUAUUUCUUACUCUCAGAACCUGGUACUUAGGAGAGGGUAAGUGUGUGGGUAUGUGUAUUCAUGCACAUGUGCAAAAUAGAAUUUAGAAAGCAUUAACUGUCGCUCUAUUAGGAACGGCUGGGAUCGAGCAACACAGACUCUCAUGGAGUCGAUUAGGAGAAUAUCUCGUAGUUUAUUACUUUAGCUUUGUUUUAUAGACUGAUACAUGGAAAGUACAGAAAGGAAACUCUCAUUGGUCAGCAAAUCACUACAUUACCAUCA